AUGAGCUCUCAAGCUUGGUGUUUGCUUGGUGGGGACCCACGUGGGUUCAACACGUGUAUCGAGAAGUGUUAUUUCUGUUCAGGGCCCCUCUACCCUGGUCACGGCAUGAUGUUCGUCCACAACAAUUGCAAGUUGUUCAGAUUUUGUAAAUCUAAAUGUCAUAAAAACUUUAAAAAGAAGUGCAGUCCUCGCAAAGCUAGGUGGAUCAAAGCAUUCCAGAAUGCAGCUGGUAAAGAGCUUACAGUGGAUAAUUCAUUUGAAUUUGAAAAACGUAGAAAUGAACCUAUCAAAUACCAGCGAGAGCUAUGGAAUAAAACUAUUGAUGCAAUGAAGCAAAUUGAAGAAAUCAAACAGAAAUGCCAAGCUAAAUUUAUAAUGAACAGACUGAAUAAAAAUAAAGAGCUACAGAAAGUUCAGGGUAUCAAAGAAGUCAAGCAAAACAUCCAUCUUAUUCAAGCCCCUCUUGCAGGCAAAGAGAAGCAGUUGGAAGAGAAAAUGGUACAGCAGUUACAAGAGCAUGUAGGCAUGGAAAACACGUCUUAA